AUGCUCAUACCCCGAUCCCUGCUGCGCGCACGCACGUUGUUGACCGCGUUGGUCGUCGCCUCAUUGCUAACAUGGUCUUUUUUGCGCUGGCGUGACGGUAUCCAUUCUACCUCCGGGAACCCCGAUGACGCGGGCCGGCCUGCGUCUGAUCCCGAUCUCGAUCUCACCGCUGGACAUCAAGAUUUCUGGACAGCCCUUCAGGAGCUACUGGUGAAAUAUGCGCCCAAUACGAAUCCCAUUAUUGAGUAUUCGAAGGCUCCGACAGAGGGGUUUAAUGCGAAGGAUCCUCAGCCAAGGCCGGAAUACUUGUUUGUCGCAGAGGAUGAUGUUGAGGCAAUGAAAGAGGCGCAUACGGGGUUUGUGGGUGCUGUUUUGGCCUCGCCGCCGCAAUUGCAAUAUGUUCCGGGUACCAAGGGUGUGGUCUCUACCGCUGGCGGCUCUUAUCUACCAGUGUUGGUGAUAUCGCUUCGUAUGCUGCGUCGGACGGGAUCAGUGUUGCCCAUGGAGGUGUUCCUUGCGGAUGAACACGAGUACGAAGAGUAUAUCUGUGAUGUGGUGCUACCAUCACUAAAUGCGAAAUGCAUUGUGCUUUCGCGCAUUCUCGCCGCGGCCCCUGCCAAGAUCGAAAAGUACCAAUUCAAGCCAUUUGCAAUGCUCUUCUCAUCUUUUGAAGAGAUUCUUUUCCUCGACGCGGACGCCUUCCCACUCGAAGAUCCCGAUUCUAUCUUGAAGAGCGAAGUGUUCCGCUCAAAUGGUCUAGUAACUUGGCCCGAUUUCUGGGCAUCAUCGGUCUCCCCCAUCUUCUACGAAAUCGUCGGCGCACCGGCACCACCUAUGAAUCUCCGCCAAUCCACCGAGUCCGGUGAACUCUUCGUCUCGAAAAAGUCCCAUCUCCGCACCCUGCUUCUCGCUACAUACUACAAUUACUGGGGUCCAACCCAUUACUACCCUCUCCUCUCCCAAGGUGCCGCCGGCGAAGGCGAUAAAGAAACAUUCAUCGCCGCCGCAAUUGCCAUGAAUGAACGAUUCUAUCAAGUCAGCGAAUCAAUCUGCGCACUUGGCCACCGCAAAGAAGGAGGACUCGCCGGUUCCGCGAUGGCGCAGUUUAACCCCAUCGAAGAUUUCGCAAACACCCGCAAAGGACUAUGGCGCAUUCGAGGCGAUGAGGCACCCGCGCCAGGCGUAUUCUUCAUUCACGCCAACUUUCCCAAGUUCAAUCCGGCUACUGUGUUCGAUCAGCAUGAGGUUAAUCCGGCCUUUAAUGACGAUGGAUCAUAUACACGUGCGUGGACGAUUCCGGGGAUGUGA